AUGGCACGAAUAGCGAAGGAGAACAUAUUACUUAUUUUCACGGUAGCUGGUGUAGUAGCAGGAAUCCUCUUGGGUAUUACACUUAGAGACCCGGAUGUGAGAUGGAGCAAACGUCAUUUGAGCUAUUUACGAUUCCCGGGAGAUGUGUUCGUUCAAAUGCUCAAGAUGCUCAUCCUACCACUAAUUAUGUCGAGCAUUAUUACAAGCUUGGCUUCUGUCGAUCCACACACAGCAGGUAAACUAGGGAUGAUAUCUCUACUCUACUACUUCAUAACAACCAUGAUGGCUGUGAUAUUGGGCAUAAUAUUAGUGGUGAUGAUACAGCCUGGUAAAUGGAUGGCUACGAAUAUAGAAGAAAUUGUUGGUGAAGUUAACAAAGCACCAUGCAUUUCCACUGCAGUUGACACUAUACUUGACCUCGUCAGGUAUAAUUUAAGUAGCAAUAAAGUUCGCAAUGCCAUUUACUUUGGAAUGUUGCAAUUGCAGAUGAUUUGA